GUAGUCGCCUCCGAGGUGACGACAGAAACGCACGGUGUGGACUCGAAGCCGGGACCUGGGCCUCUCCGCUGUAAACUCUCUCUCUCUCUAAAACGAUCUCUUUCUCUCUCUAGAAAUCGUCGGAGAGAACGAAGCGAUCGCUAUUUAUACUCUCUCUCUCUUUGAUGAGAAGGAUCGCUUCAGAGCAAAGAAACAGCCGAGACUUAGCGAAUUACGAGGAAAUUGAGUGGGAUAAAAAAUGCAAGCUGCUUCAGUCGCUGCUGCUAAAGGAAACAUAGCUGCCCCUGAUCUGAGGAGCAGAGCGAGAGUAUCAGCGAGUCUUGGUCAACUCAAGAAAGCUGGUUUCCGGAGAAAUGAUCUUUUGAUGCCAGACGCUGGAUUUGGUUGCGGAGGAUCGUGUUUAAGAUUGGUCGACAUGGGAGUUGGGAUUGCUCGGGUGAGGAAUGGGGUGGAGACUGUCUUCAGGUCAAAGGGAAAGGCUCGGUAUUUCCAGGCGCAAGCUUCUGCUGGUGACAUUGAAGAUGUGCCGUCUGAUAAAUUUAAAGCGAAACCUUCUGGGACAGUUUUGCCUUUUGUUGGUGUUGCUUGUCUGGGGGCCAUUUUGUUUGGAUAUCAUCUGGGUGUGGUGAAUGGAGCACUGGAGUAUCUUGCAAGAGACCUGGGAAUCACUGAAAAUGCAGUACUGCAAGGUUGGGUUGUUAGCACGCUUCUUGCGGGUGCUACUGUUGGUUCUUUUACUGGUGGGGCAUUGGCUGAUAAAUUUGGUCGAACCAGAGCUUUCCUGAUGGAUGUAGUUCCACUGGCAGUUGGUGCAUUUCUGAGUGCUACUGCUCAGAAUGUUCAGACAAUGCUGAUUGGUCGAUUGCUUGCUGGGAUUGGAAUAGGAAUUUCCUCAGCCAUUGUGCCCCUUUACAUAUCAGAGAUAUCACCUACUGAGAUUCGUGGCGCCCUUGGCUCUGUAAAUCAACUUUUUAUUUGCAUUGGAAUCCUGGCAGCUUUAGUUGCUGGGUUGCCUUUGGCUGGAAAUCCUUCAUGGUGGAGGACUAUGUUCGGCAUUGCCAUUGUUCCCUCUGUCCUCUUGGCGCUUGGGAUGGCAAUUUCUCCAGAAAGUCCUCGUUGGCUCAUUCAGCAAGGAAAGUUAGCCCAAGCAGAAACAGCAAUAAAGACACUUUACGGGAAAGAUAGAGUUGUUGAGGUUAUGCAUGAGCUUAAAUCAGGUGGCCAAGGUUCUACAGAACAAGAUGCUGGUUGGUUCGAUCUUUUCAGUAAGAGAUACAGAAGAGUUGUUAGCGUGGGGGCAGCAUUAUUCCUAUUUCAGCAACUAGCUGGUAUAAAUGCUGUGGUAUAUUACUCUACAUCAGUAUUCAGGAGUGCUGGAAUUGCUUCUGAUGUUGCAGCAAGUGCCCUUGUCGGAGCCUCAAAUGUCUUCGGUACUUGUGUUGCAUCAUCUUUAAUGGACAGGCAAGGAAGGAAAAGCCUUCUGAUCACUAGCUUUACUGGAAUGGCUGCUUCAAUGCUGCUCCUUUCAUUAUCCUUCACGUGGAAGGUCCUUGCACCUUACUCAGGAACUCUUGCAGUGGUUGGCACAGUUCUCUAUGUGUUGUCCUUUUCUCUGGGUGCUGGCCCUGUACCAGCCCUUCUGCUUCCUGAGAUAUUUGCUUCCAGAAUCAGAGCCAAGGCAGUUGCGUUAUCCCUGGGCAUGCACUGGAUAUCCAAUUUUGUUAUUGGCCUCUAUUUUUUGAGUGUGGUGACCAAGUUUGGUAUCAGCAAAGUUUACUUGGGAUUUGCCUCGGUCUGCCUUCUGGGAGUUCUGUACAUUGCUGCAAAUGUUGUCGAGACAAAGGGCCGGUCCUUGGAAGAUAUAGAGCGUGAGCUUAAUCCCGCAAUUUAAGGAGACGAGGGCACUGUUGAAGAUUGAGCUUCAGAGUGAGGAGCGCAUCCGGGUGAUUUUCAUUAUGGAAUUUUCUUGAUUUUGUGCUUUUGGGGGAAAGGGUGUAAAGUACUGACUGAAAUCAGACUUUAGAGUGCUUCAUUCGUGGAGGAUUUUUUCCGAAUAAAAUUACCUCAGUGGUUAUCAAGCAUGAAUAGAGUGAGAGUUCAGAAAAACUUAAGAGCAGAAUGAGUAUUAUACGCAGACAAUGUGGAGAAACUGUCUUGUAGAGUUUCAGACCUCUUUUUUUCUAUUGACGUUGUAGAAUGUAGCUGGAGUUUUGGAUGAAGGUUAUGCUAACUGGUAGUCAUUGAAUUACCAAAAUGGUAAGAAUAAAAGCCAUCAGCAAUUUAUAAUCAGUUGAGACUUAAGAGGCAUGGUAGUGAAAUUGUGAGCCUUUGAAUUUGUAUUUACUUAAGUCAGUUGACAGGUCUCAAUUUGAAUUAUUCGUGGUUUGGGAUACCUUUGAACGCAUAUGGAGCUGUUUUCAUUUUUUA